AUGGCUCCAAAGCCUUUAUGCCUGGACUACCCCGCUGGAUUUGGAGUGCUCCGAGAGCUUUUGCAGAACGCUGAUGAUGCCGGGGCAAGAGAAGUGCGAUUCCAUCUCGAUGACCGAUCAUACACUACUACUGGUCUCAUGCAUGAAGCGCUGGCCCAAUAUCAGGGACCGGCACUCUUAGCCUACAACAGUGGUAUAUUUCAAGAUGACGACUUCAAGAGUCUUUCAAGUCUAGGCGAUUCUUUGAAAUUUCUUGACGGUUCUAAAACUGGCAAGUUCGGUCGUGGCUUCAACACGGUUUACAAUUGGACGGACUCACCUUCAAUUGUGUCUCGGGACCAGUUCAGUAUUCUAGAUCCACAUAUGGAAUGGUCGAGAGACCUGGGUGAGCAUGCGGGCGGACCUCGAUACAAUUUUGUGGCAGAUUGUGAAGACACGGAAAUGCAAAAUCAUAUGUCUGUCUUCAAGCCAAUUAUCACCAACCCCUGCGAAAGGUUUGAUGGCACGGUAAUUCGCAUCCCCCUACGUACCGAAGAACAGAGCCGCAGAAGUGAAAUCUCUGGCAAACACCCCACUGUACUCGAGGUACAGGAAGUCCUACAGAAUUUUGCUUCCGAAUUUGGCAAGGGAGGCUUGCUGUACUUGAAAAACGUCGAAUCCAUCACGAUCAGCAGCUCCAGUAUCUACACCAAAAUGACAGUACUUGAUAUUGAAAACGCGCGGUCGCACAAACGUAAGGUACUCGACGGCAUCAAUUCGGCACUGGAAAACUCGCAUUCAUCAUUCCACCAUUCUUUUAAGCUUGGCUUACAGCUACAGACUGAUGGGCUUACAACCGAAACUGCAUUUUUUGUUCACCAUAGCCUUCCAGGUGAUCUGAUGUCAGAUGAAAUGAGACGAUGGGCUGAACAAGAGAAACAAUUUCCCUGGGUUGCGGUUGCUGCACAGAUUUAUCCUCGCGAUAACGAGCCUAUCGGCUCACUAUCCACCGUUGUGCCUCUUCCGAUCCAACCGGGGCAACCUGUUCACAUACACGGAGCCUUUCACUUGUCGCCAGACCGGCAACGACUCACAUGCUCAGAUCGCGAAGGCUUGAAGUCAAAAGAUGAUGCCACCAAAUGGAACGACUGGCUCUUUCACAGUUGCAUUCCGUCAGCAUGGGUGCAGCUUAGUGAUUUUAUGGCGCAACACGAAGAAGUCUCCCAAGUCUUUCAGUGGUGGCCACAAGAAUCGCUGGUUCCUUAUGAUUAUUUCAAUGGCGUCCUCGAUGACUUUCUUCGCAUUAUCAAUGAGAAAGCCUUGCCCAUUUGGCCUACCGAAGCAGGCUACAUGACGGCUACCCAAAGCUUUUUAAGCACGGCCCCUGUGGCUCCGUUACUGAGAGCUGCGCUAGGUCAAGCCAAAGUGCCAGUAGUUUAUUCACUAUCUAGGUUGUUAUCACGCACCAAGCAAUACUUCGUCGGUCGCUAUCUCAGUGCAGAAAGCUUGUCUCUAUUCUUCAAGCAAAAUCCUAUGGCUGUGGCCAAGCUGGAUAGUAAUGCAAAAGUCAAAAUCCUCGAAUAUUUAUUGCAAGAAGAGACGCAUCUGGAGAAAUUCUAUUUCUUGAACCUAUUUCCCUUCAAAAGUGGUGAAUUCGGACCAUUGGAGCUGGAAAGGACUUUCAUUGAUCGAGAUGAAGCUGAAGCCAAGCUGUUCUGCCAUCAGACCGAUUCUGUCAUCGAUCUUGGUCAACUUCCCAAGCGGACCGUGAAACUUCUCCGAGACCAGUGCGGCACUAUGCAACUAAGACCAUACAUCAGUUAUCGCCCCUUCGAAUACCUGAGCGUCUAUUCCCUACAAUUCGUAUUCGCUGGACUGCCUACUGAACAGGAUAUGGUCAUGCUAAAUGAGGAAGCUUCAACCUUCGUCCACCACGCCUGGGCUUGGAUUAUGAAUCAUGGUGUAGAAUUUGUUCAAGUCGCGUCAGAACUAUGGUUGAUCCCUCUCACUAAUGGGCAAUACCGAAAAGUGGUGCCUCGAAGUUCAGCACAUAGGGCAUUCAACGCUGACUCUAGCGUCACUGGAAAGUUCAUGAAAGAUUUCCAUGACAAGGAGUCGAGUGUGAACCCUCUGAUAGACUCUCGAAUGCUCGGAUCUGUCACUGAAGCUCUGCCAACUCUCAUGCAAGCAUCUUUCAACAAUCCUUCCCUACGGAUCGCGGAUGCUGGAAACAUCAUUGUCUUCGUAGAAUGGCUGAAGGACAACACCAUUAGAGUCUCUAAAGCUCCACCUGCAAUUAGGGAACGCAUCCUAGAGAUAAUCGCAAGCAGUUUAAGGCUGAGUGUGAGCAAUGUUGAUCGACAACUUAUCAACGGGUCUAUCAAAUAUUUGACUGUAUUCCGGAAAGUAUUUUGGUCAAAGAAGGGCAAAAAGUGGACGCUUGAUAUGGAAUGGACAAAUCUUGACGCAGUCACAACCUCGAUCGGACUCUCCGAGGAGAAAGUCUGUCCCAUUCCAGAGGUCACGGAUGUACAAUUCAUACAUGUGCCUCCUUUUGGCAAUCUAUCUCGAGUCAACCGUACGCUUAGUCUUCUGGGGUGUCUGAAUCGACGCGAAGUCGUGGAGAAAUUCGUGAUACCAAACUGGAAUACUCCGCAAACUCAAGACAUGCCGGAGUCUUGCAAAUUACAACUAGUCAAAUUAAUCUUCUCCCAAUUUUCUUGCCUAUCAACUCCGGUCCAAUCAAAACUCCGGUCGCUCGCCAUCGUUCCAGCACAAAGUGCUACGGGAUCGAGUAUAUCGAAACUUUCUCUUGCAACAGACCUCAUAGACCCAUCCGCUUCAGACCUACUAGGAAUGUUCUUUGAUGACGAACAAGUUCGACCAGAUCAAAAGUUCUUUGCACAGUAUACUACUGUUAUACGAGGUAUUGGCCUAAAACGUGUCCUUGAUUACGAAAUGUUUCUUGCUCGAGUUCAGAAGUUCGCUUCAUGCAAUCAACCCAUUUCGGAAAUUAACAAGCGCGUUUGCCGGUUGCUAGGUUCUUAUGGUCCGUCACCGACGGCAUCCCGCAUAUCUCAAGCAGUAAACAUCAAGACUCUGGAAUGGAUUCCUGUACAGAGUUUACAGGCUAAGGAGUUAGUCUUAUGCGCCCCUAGCAAAUGCCGUGGUGGUGAUGACCGCCCACUUGUGGACUCUCAAAUGCCGAUAUUUGAGGGACAUGUCGGGAACGAGUGGAUGACCGAGCUUGGUUGGCGCGAAACAAUUUCGCAAGAUGUUCUACUUGGUCAACUCCGUCAUGGCAUUGAAAACAAAAACAGAACGAUUGUUGAUGCGGUCUUGACAUAUAUUUAUGGGCUUGGCAACUUUGAGCUUUGGCAGACCGAGAUCAAUGAUCUACCGUUUGUUUUUACAGGCAACUCUCAUCUAAUAACUCCAUCAAAGGCCUUCGCCCCGUCGAGGACUCGCGCUGCCAAUUGUGAUGGUCUGUAUCCCUAUGCAGCAAACGUGGACAAGAAAUUCUGGGAGGACCACAAACCGUUGUUACAACAUUUUGGUGUUCGCGAAGGCCCGCUUGCUGAGAGUUUGGUCACAAUCAGCACUCAGCUCGCAACUAAAGAUGUCUUAGACGACGAAGAGGUGUGCGUGGCGGUUAAACUGGCAAAGUUGGCAAGUUGGGUUCCUAGAUCGGACUUGACUGGCUUUAGGAUUGUUAGCGAUACCAAAAAGAUGAUACCUGUAGAGGAUAUUAGUUAUCCCAAUUCAGGCACUAGACGCUUUGUUUCAGAUAAGCCUCUUACUCACCCCGACAUCCCUCAAUCUAUUUCUGAGAAGCUUAAGAUCGCCAAGCUUACCGAUCGUAUACGAGACGAAGAGCUAGAAAUAUCCGACGAGUAUGAACAGCAGGAAGACAUGACGACGUCUAUCGUAAGAACUUUAGAGAGUUAUGUCAUCGGAAGUACCUUUAACGAGUACUUGGCCAAUGCAGAUGACACCACCACCGCAACCGUGAUUAAUUGGUUACUGGAUACGCGGACGCACCCACAAGAGGGUUUGUACCACGAUGAUUUGAAGGCAGCCCAAGGGCCCGCUUUGCUUGUUCAUAACGAUGAUGUUUUCAGCGAGCAAGACUUCAAAGGAUUCCAGAAUGUGGGCUCUGGAAGUAAGACAGAAAAUGUAGAAGUGAUCGGACAAUUUGGCCGAGGUUCUCAGACAAUGUAUCACUGGACUGAUACCCCGAUUAUCCUCAGCGGGGAAUACCUUGUGAUCCUUGAUGCACAACGACGCGUCCUAGGCUUGGGAGAUCAUGGCAAUCCAAAAUCUGGUAUUAAAGUCAAAAUCAAGUUGCUUAGGGAAAGACACCCAAACCAACUGAUUGCUUUCGAGGCACUUUGGGGUUAUAGUUUGGAUCUUGAUGAAUACCCAGGAACGAUAUUCAGAUUUCCGUUGCGCCCAUCUGGAGUCGAGUCAAAAUUCAGGUUGAAAAACCCAGACCUCAGUUUAUUAGGAGUGAAAACUCUCUUGGAAUCUUAUUUUGAAGUCGCGAAGGUGUCGCUUUUGUUCGUUCGAAAGAUUAAGUACAUUGAUUUCACUAUACACGGAAACGAGAAAUGUGAAUGGUCGGUAACCAGAAAGGACUCAGUCACUUUGGCCAACUCGUGGUCACAGAAUGUCGAAAUUUCACAUGAGCAAUCAUGUGGAGCAGAGGGCCGUCAAUCUGGCAAAGAUACGUAUAAAGUGGCCAUCGAAGACAUCGAGGCCGAAACCAAGGAUUUGCCUUAUACUUCGACACGGGUCAUGAAACGAGUUGAAUGUGGCUUUGCAGCGAAGAUUUGCGCCACGAUCAAUGGAAAAAUCAUCGAGGCCAAAGCUGACCGACCCCAUGUAUUCAAAACACUACCUCUGACAAUCCGGUCCGACUUCAAUGUUGCUGUACAUGCGACAUUUGAUAUUUCGGGAGAUAGGCGCACCUUUGUGGUGAGCGACCCAAUGAAUGACACGGAUGGCUCUGCUUGGAACCGAUAUCUGCUCAGCGAAAAGUUACCAGAGAUAUUGUUACAGUUUCUCAGCGUGCUUGCCGACGAGAUUGGACAAAAGGUGUUCGACUUUUGGCCACAGAGGGAAGUGCCUACUAGUAGCCACCUCUCCCUUCUGAGCCUCGGAUUUUGGGAAAAGUUGACGGGUUGUAAUUUAUCCCUCUUUCCAUCCGCCCAACCUUCUUUGAAACCUUCGAAACGACAAAAGUUGAAGAUAUAUACCAUUGAUACGGCUGUAUUUGAUGAUUUGACAGAAAAAGUGUCAGAAGCUUUGGCUCCUCUGCUUCUUACUUUACAAGUCAAACUCGUAAGACGUUUGCCGGAGUACGUGUCAAAGCAAUUAAGGAAGAUUGACGGAGCUCAAUUCGUCGAUGGUUCUUUCAUACGUCGACUGUCUAAGACUACAGAGUUUCGAACCGCCCUGGAAGGUAUGCUCAGUUACAACCCAUCGGUUCUAGAUGCUGUACUCAGAAUUGCCCUACCAAAAGACGAAGAUCAGCAGCUUGAGUUAGAUGGAUGCCAUAUUAUUCCCCUAUUAGAUGGAACUCUUGGCACAUUGAGAGUCGGAGACCAGAUUUCGGAGGCAAAGGACUACUUUUUAGCACCAGCCAAGACUCAAAAGCUUUUCAAGUUCGCGUCUAGCCUUAUGGUAUCGGAGUCGUAUGACAAAGCUUUCCGUUAUGUUCUGAAAGCACGAACUUCUAAUCUCAAGGCCCUCGAGCUCUGCUAUGUGGAUGAAUUAAUGGAGUUGAGGCCUGAGCCAAAAGCUGUGAGCAAGCAGGAAGAUAAUUGGCUCCGAGACUUUUGGAAGUUCUGGGACUCAAACCUCGAUACAUCGGAGGAUGUUGAGCUCGAUCACUUUGGUAACGUGCUGAAAUCUAGGACCGGAGACGUUGAAAGCUAUCGUCGUCUCUCCGAGAUGGACACUUUGCCUGCGAUCAUUGAGCCAACUGAAGAAGAACACCUAGCGCUUAUUCGCAAGAUUCCGGGUCUAGUCUGUUUUGACAGAACUAUUAUGCCGAAGUCGCUAAAAGACAGCAGUUCAUUGCACGAGUCUAAGGACUCAAUAUCACGACUUUUUAAAGCGUUUCACGAGCUGGCUACUUCGUCAAGCCUAUCCGUUGGCGACUUUCUUCAACCAAACCUCUUAGAAUCCGACUUCGAGGUCUUACGAGAUUUGAUUGAACGUUUUUGUAAGAUGAACAAAUCUACCACUUCGACUAGUACAGUUUCAGAUCCAAUUCUUCAAGAUCUAAGAACAAUUCCUCUUUGGAAAAGCGCAGAUCCAAACGUAAACAGUCUCUUAAGCUCAGUGACUGCGAAGAUUGCUGAGCAAAAGGAAUUUCUUGUGUCCUGGAUCAAAAACGGCGAGAAAUUUGUAUCACAUGACGAGGCGACCACAUGGAAUGACUGUAUGGAGUUCCUGAAAGUUAAGAGAAUUACUACAGCUCAACUGAUCGACGAUUACAUCUUCCCUCUUCCGUCUGCCAUAUCGAAAGCAGAUCUGCGUACCUACGGAGCUUUAAUCUCGGCGCUCGCAGAUUUCAUUAACACAGUUCAUAGUGGGUCUAACGUAGACUCUGCGAUUCGGAAUAACAAUCUCGCGGUGGAUGGAAAUUUGGAUAUCACCCACGUUAGCAACCUAUUCGAAGCUGAAGAUGAAGUUUUCCGGGCUGCAUUUAGGACCGAGGAGCCAACAAAACUUCUCCAUGAAACUGUUCGCAAACAUACUUUCUUCUGGCGACGAGCUGGUAUUCGACAUCGAGUCUCGGGUCGUUUUGCUGCGAAUGAUUAUCUUGAGUGCUUGAAUUCGAUCGCCCGUCGACUCUCAGGACCUUGGGACUCGCAUCUCGAGAACGACGCCGAUGUCGUAUUACGCCCCCUAUGCAAUCCUUCAUCAAGUACGGAUGGUUUCGAUCUACAAGCUUGGUCUCGUCUGACGCAGAAAAAAGUGUUCAUUUCAGAUACACGAUUUGGAUCCGAGCCAGAAUUCAGACGGUUGCACAUGAGGACAAUUGCAUCAAGUCAGCCGGUAUUGUGCCUCUCCGAAGUCGUAUCUCACUAUCACCAUGCUGCGGUGUGUUGGAGUCAAACACCCUUCCCCAUUAACACUCCAUCAAAGGAAGUUUUUCACCGAGUCAAGUAUGCAGGAAAGCCUCCAGUGGAGAUGGUGUGGAGACAUUUGGAAUAUUUACAUUCUAUCUGUUCGUCACUCGACAUGACUUCUGCUCGAGAUUUCUUCAAAGAUCUCCAGGCAACAUACAUCUUCCUCCAGAACCACCAAGACACGGCAAAGACAACUUUUAAUUCUCAUCUUCACGGCUUGCCUCUUUUCCUGAACACUAAUUCCUUGAACGGUCAGGGUAUUACUCCUUUUGAAAUCCAGUCUUCCUGGAUUGAUAUAGAUCAUUUGGUUCUCGCUAGCUCCGUAGAUGCAGGUCGCCUUCAAGCUGUCCGACCAGGAUUGAGACAGUACGAGAACCUACUCAAGAAACUAGGAUGUAGAGCUAUUAAUUAUCCCAUCGGAAUCCAAAUUAGUCCACCGCAGCCAGGAUUACUCAAUGGUCACACAGGAAUGAAAGGAUUCCAGGAAAUGAGAAAGAAGCAACAGGGCUGCGACGUCACGUUCCGCACAGAGGGUCGUGAAAUCAAAGCACAUCGCGCAGUGUUAGCUAAUAUCUCCGAAAAAUGGCGCCAACAAUUCUUCGCCUACCAGGAACUCAUCGACGAGGAGGAAUUGCAGAUUCUUGAGGAAGGGGAUGAAGUGGACAACUACCAAAAGCUCCUCAGCCUACUGGAAAUCCACAAAGCCGCGAACUAUCAAAUCAUUAUGCCGUUGGCAGAGUAUAUUGAGUAUAUGAUCUUGCUGGCCAUAAAGAUCGUCAUCAACAUUGAUAAUGUGGAUACAAUCCGGGAAAAGGCUGGUUUGGCACAGGCGGAGAAAGUUGAGCAGUUCUGCGUCUCAUUCUAUGAGGCUAAUAAGGACACUUUGAGAUUCAAGGGGGAAUAA